AUGGAUUAUAGAACUGGUAAGAGGAGCUCUAUGUCAAUAGGGCGUUUACAACGGCCAUUGGAUCAGCUGCAGAGUGCAGGGGGGACAGGAAUAUACCAGCGACCUGCUCCCGCCUCAUUAUACAAUUCUCGGCCGGGGAUAGAUCAACCUGUACAGCAGAUGGUAUGUUGUUACCAGCACAGUUCACCACUUUUUGCAGUUGAUUGGAGUGUGGGAGAUAAGGUAGCACUUGGCACUUAUAAGGAGGAUUCUUUUAAUAAGUUGUGCAUUGUGGAGCCGACCCCUGAUCUUGUGUAUUGGAAAAAUACUCAGCAUGCUAAUCUUCUCUAUCCGAUAUCAAAACUACAGUGGAUGCCUACCAGCACGACACGGCUUGCUACAUGUUCAGAUUCCUUGAGAGUAUGGUCCGUGGAUGAGGAAUUGCAAGAGCGCGUUAAUUUAUCCUUAUCUAAAUACGGAAAUGAUGCAGGUGACGCAGCAGACAGUCAUACUCUAGGUCAGCUCCCUCCUGUCACGUCUUUUGACUGGAAUUCAGUAGACACGAAUAUUAUUCUUUCCUGCUCCGUGGAUACUACAUGCACUAUAUGGGAUUUACAAGCAUCAAAUUACGUCAAGACUCAGUUAAUUGCGCAUGACUCUGACGUAUAUGAUGCAAAGUUUCUCACUCAAUCAAACAAUCUAUUUGCGAGCUGCGGUGGUGAUGGCUCGGUGAGAGUGUUUGACUUAAGGUGCUUGGCUCACAGUACAAUUAUCUAUGAGCCACAGCGGCAAACAAAUUCCAAUUCGCCGUCGGAGAUUCAAAUCUCAAAUUCAUCCCAAGAUGGCCAGGAACAAAGGAAAGCAGAAGAAUCUCAUGUAUCAGGACUAGAAAAUAACGCAUUAUUAAGGCUAGAACCCUCGCCCUUUGAGGCAAAUCUCCUUGCAACGAUUAGACAAGACUCUAAUGCAGUAAUCAUAUUGGAUAUGAGAUAUCCAGGCUCACCAAUCCUGACCCUUACUGGUCAUGUUGGUGCGGUUAACCAGAUAAAAUGGCAUCCUUCGAAGCCGCAUGUGCUUAUAUCAUGUGGAGAUGAUUGUCAGGUUUUAUAUUGGGAUCUUUUAGAAUUACUAAGUGACAAUGCAUUAACAAGUGGAACUCCACAGCAGAGGUGGUCUUCUUCAGGCACUGUUCAUUCGGUAGAUGUACCGCAAAUGUCAUUUACAGCACAACAUGAAGUAAAUAACCUAACAUGGAGGCCCAAAGGUGAUUGGAUUGGAUAUGUUGCGGGGAAACGAUUCCGAAAUCUUAAGACAUAG